AAACGUUUGAUCGGUAGAUUCACUUGAAAUUACAAUAAUACGCCGUAAGAUUACAUUAUUAAAUAGUUAUGAUUUUUACUAGUAACAGUUGUAUUUCGGUAGAAACAAUGGUUGCCGUGGAGGUGAAUGGGUACACUAAAUAGGAAUGGUAGAUAGAAAACACUGUCGACUUUCACAGAAUCUCAACACGAACGAGUUUACUCAAGUUCAUUCGGAGGAAAAGAGCCGCUUUUGACACAGCCUGCCAUUACAGGGUAGCACACUGCUGUAGCAGGGCUUUUGUACAGAUUGUGCUGUGGACUGCGUGAUUAGAAAUGUUUUCCAACUCAUUGUUGAGAACUAGAUUAUUUUUAUGCAAGUUGGACUACGGUGGAAUGAAAUGCCUGACAUCGGCAUCCUUCGCUCGGACAACCAGUACAUUAAUAGGUGAUAAACAAAAAACCAUGGACGACUUGCAUGGUCCUAGCUUUCUCACAUCAUUAUACUGGCUCUUCGGGAAAGGUUAUUUUCAGACGACACAUCAAAUGCAGAUAGAGCACAGCAAAAUCUACGGCCCCCUUUGGAAGUCCAAAUAUGGACCACUGGUUGUUGUUAAUGUGGCUGAUGCAGACCUCAUAGAACAGGUUCUACGGCAAGAGGGUCGCCAUCCCAUCCGUACUGACAUGCCUCACUGGAGAGGCUACCGAAAACUCCGGAAUCAUGCCUAUGGACCCCUCACAGAAAUGGGAGCGGAGUGGCAGCGCAUUAGAAGCAUCCUGAAUCCUCGUAUGCUUAAGCCUAAACACGUGUCCUCCUACACCAAUGCCAUUAAUGGUGUGGUGAGCGACUUUAUUGAAAAGGUGGCUAAGCUUAGGACAACCACAGGCAAUGAGGUUAUGGUGUAUGAUGUGGCGGGCGAACUGUACAAGUUUGCCUUUGAAGGAAUAUGCUCAGUGUUGUUUGAAACUCGUAUGGGGUGUCUGAAUGAUGUGGUUCCUGAAGAAACACAGAAGUUUAUCUUCUCUGUUGGGGAAAUGUUCCGUCUUUCUCCCAUUGUGAUCCUGUUCCCCAAAUCUCUCUGGCCCUACAUGCCUUUUUGGAAGCAUUUUGUGGCUGUUUGGGACCAUUUGUUUAAAGUUGCGGAUGAACUGGUGCGGAAGAAGAUGACAGAGAUACAGGAAAUGGUGAAACAUGGGCAGCCAGUGGAGGGCGAGUAUCUCACACACCUCUUGAUCAGUGAACAGAUGUCCUUCACUGAGGUUUUGGGAAGCAUUACAGAGCUUCUGCUGGCUGGAGUCGACACUACAUCAAACACUAUUUCUUGGGCGCUAUAUCAUUUGGCACGGGAGCCAGAGAUCCAGCAGAAGCUGUAUGAGGAGGUUAUCGGUGUCUGCCCAGGAGACAAAGUGCCCUGCAGUGAAGACAUCACCAGGAUGCCAUUGCUAAAGGCCAUCGUUAGAGAGACUCUUCGUUUAUAUCCAGUGGUUCCUGGGAAUGCUCGUGUCAUUGCUGAAAGGGAAAUAGUUGUGGGUGACCACCUCUUCCCUAAAAAUACUCUCUUCCACCUCUGCCACUUCGCAGUGUCCAACGAUGAGAAUGUGUUUCCAAAUCCUUCUGUCUUCCUCCCCCAGCGCUGGAUCCGGGAGCAGAAGCAGUUAAACCAGCAUCCCUUUGGGUCUGUGCCAUUUGGUUUCGGCAUCCGUGCCUGUCUGGGUCGCAGAGUGGCUGAACUGGAGAUGUACCUCCUCUUGUCCCAGUUAAUAAAACACUAUGAAGUGCGUCCAGACCCUUCAGGAAAAAACGUGAAGCCGAUCACACGAACUCUGCUGGUUCCUGCCACAUCUAUCGACCUGCAGUUUAUCGACAGGCAGAAGGAACAAGAGGAGCCAGUCAAAGCAAAUACUUCUAUAUGAAUAACGACGCACUUCUUAAAGCAGUUUGCUUCUUGAUAAUGUUGUUUACAUAUUUCAUAUGACUUAUAUCCACCUUAUCUUUCCUGAAAGAGUGGGGGCAGCCAUUUGUAAAUUGCAUGGGUUUGGCUUCCGGUCUCAUCUGCUUCCAGCUAUUUUUAGCUGAACAAAACAGCUUGUUUUGCUGUUUGAUAUAGCAAACUGGUGUGUCUUACCAUAUUAUUUUAAUGAAUACUAAGAAUAUUAAGAAUACUAUUGAUAUUAAUUGCAUCACUUGUCCACAAUUUGCAUGAAAUUCUUCUCUCACUAGUUAAGUUUCAGUAUAAAAUCAAACUCCACUGUUGCCCCCAUGUGGGAGACAAUUGAAAUUGCAGUAAAUGAAAAUUUUCCAGCUUUUA